AUGUCUGCGAGGAAUACAGCGGUUGGCAGCGGUGACGGAGCGACGGGGGAAAGGACAGGAGAUGCACUAGAGGAAGAACCCCAGGGACUCUCUGCCUCUCUGUCUUGUCUGAUGACCCCCUUUUCAGCCGCUGGUAUGGCCUCAGGCAUGGAGUUGCCCAGGAAAAGGAAAGGCAGCAUGGACCUGGAAACUAAAUCUGCUUUAAAUCUAGAUGAGGAUAUGGAGGACGAUCAGGGCAGAUCGGAAGGAGAUGACCUGCAUUUAAAAAUUAAGUGUGUCAGGGAACCUCACAGUCAAAUUGAGAAACGACGGCGAGAUAAGAUGAAUAACCUGAUUGAUGAAUUGGCAGCGAUGAUUCCCACCUGUAACCCCAUGUCUCGAAAGCUUGACAAACUCACUGUGUUACGAAUGGCUGUCCAGCACCUCAAAUCACUCAAAGGUGCCACCAGUUUCUUUGCAGAAGCCAAUUACAAACCUGCAUUCCUCCCAGAUGAUGAGCUUAAACACCUUGUCCUAAGGGCUGCCGACGGAUUUCUCUUUGUGGUUGGCUGUGACCGUGGAAAAAUAGUCUUCGUCUCAGAGUCUGUUUUAAAAAUACUUAACUACAGUCGGUCGGAGUUAAUUGGGCAGAGCCUAUUCGAUUACGUACAUCCCAAGGACAUCGGUAAAGUGAAGGAACAGUUGUCUGCAUCUGAACUCUACCCGCGGGAGCGCCUCAUAGAUGCCAAAACGGGGUUGCAGGUGCAGGCUGAGCUUCCUGUCGGAGCGGCUCGGCUUUGCUCUGGCGCCCGGCGAUCCUUCUUCUGCCGAAUGAAGUACAACAAAGUAACCGUCAAAGAGGAGAAGGACUUCCAAGCUGGUGCCUCAAAAAAGAAAGAGUCACAACGGUAUUGCACUGUGCACUGUACGGGCUACAUGCGCACCUGGCCCACGCGCCAGCUGGGCACUGAAGGGGAGGCAGACGCAGAUAAAGAGAGCUCCCACUUCAGCUGCCUGGUAGCAGUGGGCCGUGUGCACCCCCAUACCCUCCCCCAGACCAAUGGAGAGAUCACGGUCAAGCCCACCGAAUUUGUCACCCGCUACGCCAUGGAUGGCAAAUUCACCUUUGUGGAUCAACGAGCCACUACUAUUCUGGGUUACUUGCCCCAGGAGCUGCUAGGGACAUCCUGCUACGAAUACUUUCAUCAGGACGACCUGCCACAUUUGGCUGAUAGACACAGAAAAGUGCUGAGGAGUAAAGAGAAGAUUGAGACAAAUUGCUAUAAGUUCAAAACUAAAUUCGGCUCUUUUGUCACCUUACAAAGUCAGUGGUUUAGUUUUAGAAAUCCCUGGACCAAAGAAGUAGAAUACAUAGUGUCAACCAACACGGUUAUAUCCAUUAAAAGUAAUCCAGGUGGAUCAGGGGAUAAAGCCGAGCAGCCGAGCAGUUCCAAGGCCUCAGAGGAUGAUGCCAAGAAGUCUCAGCAAGUUCCAAUCAUCCCAGGGAUCUCCAGUGCAUCAGGCACCAUAUUUUACGCUGGGACCAUCGGUAUCCAAAUUGCUAAUGAGAUAAUGGACUACAACAGGAUGAACUCCUCACCAUCUAGUGGCAAUACAAGUCCGUUCAGUGUACUGCAGGACAAGUCUCCACUGGCCCUUCCACAGGCCAGGAGCAACGUGCCAAAUGGGGAAGCAACAGAUGUGGAGAUGCCCAGCAAGUCAAGCUCAGAGGAGGAACCACGGGGCGGAGCCUUUACAGCACGUGAAAAUCUCAUGGAGGGGAGCUCUCAGCUGGAUCUAGAGGGGGUUCCGGGGUUGAGCGCUCUGAGCACUGACGAGGCAGCCAUGGCGGUCAUCUUGAGCUUAUUGGAGACCGAUGCCAACCUGGGUGAGGCUGUGGACUUUGACGAGAUGCACUGGUCUCUGUGAACACAGCUCCAA